UUCCCCAUGUUGGCUCGAGCCAUGGAUCCCGUGGAGGAGGAACUGCUAGUGAGUAAGACCCCUCCCGUCCCGGACACACCUAGGGUACAUGCAAAAUGCCACAACCGUCCACAUACCAGUCCACAUGUCAUAUCAUCAGCAUCGAAUCCGUCUACCUCCGGCCUUCAAACACAGGACAGCAUGAAAACACAUGACGAAGAAGUCAACACAGGAAGAGAUAAGGACAAUAAGGAGGCAUGUGUGUCCGACUGGCUCUCAGGCGGACCCCUCGGCUCCAAAGGAGUGGUACUCGUGUUCCGAUCAUGUGUCCUGGCCUCCCGAACUCCCUCCUUGGAAUCCACCACCAAAUCCAUAGGACAAAACACAGGCACCGCUAUCUUAUUAAAUAAAGCCAAACACAUGGCGAGACGACUAGUCCCCGAGCCCCACACGUUCAAACCCAACAACAUAAUGCACGAGGUCAUGGAGACGUUCGGCCACAGCAACAAGUUCGCGGGGCAGGCUUACGUCGUCCGUCAUGUCAGUCAAUCAGAAGUGGCAGAGACAAUGUCAAUAGAAGAUCAGGGCCACGAAAGCAGGGAGGCGGUGGAGCAUAAGAGGGAUAUAGAGGACGUGUUGAACGACCUGAGUAAGAUCACGCUCAAGAAACAUCUGAACAUCGAGAACACAACAGCCAACAUCAAGCCACCGGAAGAUCCCCCACCUCCCGCCGUCGAAGAGAAAAAGCCCAAAAAGAACAAAGGGAAAAACAAAAGAAAAACAAAUAUAAAUAAGAAAAUUUCAGUAACAAAUCUACAAAUUGGCAGUCCAAUAGAUAGCGACGAUUCUGAGCAACUAGUCAAAGAGGUGGACAGCAUCAAGGUCCUCGAAAGCAACUGCAUGCCCGCCCGACUGCUCAAAAUCACAUACAAACUAGUCAACACAGAAACCAAACUCCUCCACCGAUUACUGCAAGCCCAUGGUCUAGUAGAGGCCGUGCCCGACGCCAGAGAUGUCAACCUCCUGUGGUCCGGAUUACACCCUAAACCAGAUGUACUAAGAUCCCUAUCGCCUUACCAACGAGUCAACCAUUUUCCGAGAUCAUACGAGCUAACACGCAAGGACAAGCUAUUCAAGAACAUAGAGAAGAUGCAAUACUUCCGCGGCCUGAAGCACUUCGACUUCAUACCCACCACGUUCCUCAUGCCGGCAGAGUUCAAGGAAUUGUGCACGGCGCAUUACAGGACCAAGGGACCAUGGAUUGUGAAGCCGGCCGCUUCUAGCAGAGGACGCGGGAUUUAUAUAGUUAACACUCCCGAGCAAAUCCCAAAAGGCGAAAACGUGGUCGUCGCCAAAUACAUAGACAAGCCACUCCUCAUCGGCGGGCACAAAUGCGACCUCCGCCUGUAUGUGUGCGUGACGUCCAUAGACCCACUGCUGAUAUACUUGUAUGAGGAGGGCUUGGUGCGGUUCGCGACUGUCAAGUAUGAUAAGACUAACAAGAAUCUCUGGAACCCUUGCAUGCAUCUGUGCAAUUAUAGCAUUAAUAAAUAUCAUACGGAUUAUAUCAAAUGCGACGACCCAAACGCUGGCAACAUCGGCCACAAAUGGACCUUAUCCGCACUACUGCGCCACCUACGGAAGCAGGGCCGCAACACAACCGCCCUCAUGGCUUCCAUCGAGGACCUGGUGGUCAAGUCCAUCCUGUCCUCGGCGCAGACCAUCACGGCCGCCGCCAGGAUAUUCGUGCCUAACUUCUUCAACUGCUUUGAAUUAUUCGGGUACGAUAUCCUGAUCGACGAUAUGCUAAAGCCGUGGCUUCUUGAGAUCAACUUAUCACCCAGCUUAGCAUGUGAGAGUCCUCUAGACGCGCGCGUCAAAUCAGCUCUGUUAGCUGACACGCUGACUCUAGUGGGGCUCCCGGCCGUGUCCAUGGGGAAGACCGAGGCUGCGCCGCAGAACUCGCUCAAGAUGAGGAUCGGAGCGUGUCGGCGCGUCCAUUCCGCCGAGAACGUAUGCGCGGGCCGAACGAACGGCAAACCCAGCGGACAGACCGAGCCGGCGGCCUUGACCAGUGAAGAGUUGCGUCUGGUGCGAGCGGUGCGGGCGCAGUACGCCCGGCGGGGAGGCUUCGUGCGCAUCUUCCCCAGCCAGAACAGCUGGCAGAAGUACGCGCAGUACCUCGACCCGGUGUCCGGCAUCCCAGUAUGCUCCACGUCGCUGAACAACAACGUGCCGUACAACGUGGUGCCGCACAACUACAACCUGCUGGUGCACGCGCACGUGCUGCCGCACUUCGCGCACGCCACCGCCGCCACCAGCACCAGCCUCGCGCCGCAGCCCAUGCCCACCCCAAACAGAUUGAAACGCUACGAGACGGUGACCAUAACGAGUACAGCGCCGGCCAUCAACUUGUCCGAACACACGCCUACGACCGCGCCGAGCGACUCGCGACACGCCAAGGCGCUUGUUAAGAAACAGCUCGCCGACGGAAUGAGGCUCACGAUGGGCGAGGUCCGGCGCGCGUUCGGGCUGUACCUGACGCACGUGCUGAAGCGCAUCUCGUGCCCGAGCAACGAGCUGGGCGCGGCGCACGCGGCGCUCGCGCUGCGCUUCCUCAAGCGCGCCUCCAACACGCUCCGGAUGCCUUACAAUGUAAAGGGCCCCUCAAUCAAGAUGUGCGACAAGGACCGCUGCGCAGUCGUCGCCAAGCAGCUGAACGAUUUCCUCUACAUGUACUAUCGGGAGACGGACUUAUACACGGACAGCGAAGACAGGGAGAACUGUGUGUCUAACAUCAACUUUGCGCAGUUCCUCUAUUCUGCCAGCGAAGCGGACCUAGAAGACGUGCUGCUCCUCCACCUGAAGAUGGAGCACUACGUGACGCUGUUCCUGGGCGACACGCGCGCGCCGUACUGCGUGGACCUGCCCCCCUCCAAGCUCGGCGGCUCCGGCCGCCACACGCUGCUCAAGUACCUCGCCUGCCUCGCACCCAUCAACACCAGGAGAUACAGACCACCGUCAGACUCCUGCAGCAAAGCCGAAGUCGAAGACUCCAUGAACUCCUCGAUGCCUUCCUUCACCGACUCGGACGUGGUCAUCAAAGAGUCCAUGAAACAGGAGAAGCCGCUGCCCCAAGCCCUGAAGUACGCGAAGUCAUAGCGCAGGGCCUUGAGACAGUUUACUCUGCCACGCAUUAAAUCUUGAGGUUAGAAACUAUCACGCCACCUCGCAUUAAGUCGUGAGGAGAUACUUACUGUGAUAUCUGUGGUCGAAUACUCCGUGACAUACUCGUAUUCGCUACCCCAAGUUCUGAGUACGCGAGACAGCACAGGACUUUGAGGCACUUCACGCUACCACGCAUUAAAUCUUGAGGUUAGAACCUAUCACGCCACCACUCAUUAAGUCGUGAGGAGAUACCUACUGUGAUAUCUGUGGUCGAAUACUCAGUGAACUCGCUACCCCAAGCCUUGAGUACGCGAGACAGCACAGGACUUUGAGACACUUCACGCUACCACGCAUUAAAUCUUGAGGUUAGAACCUAUCACGCCACCACGCAUUAAUGAGGAGAUACCUACUGUGAUAUCUGUGGUCGAAUACUCCGUGAACUCGCUACCUCAAGCCUUGAGUACGCGAGACAGCACAGGACUUUGAGGCACUUCACGCUACCACGCAUUAAAUCUUGAGGUUAGAACCUAUCACGCUACCACGCAUUAAUGAGGAGAUACCUACUGUGAUAUCUGUGGUCGAAUACUCCGUGAACUCGCUACCCCAAGCCUUGAGUACGCGAGACAGCACAGGACUUUGAGACACUUCACGCUACCACGCAUUAAAUCUUGAGGUUAGAACCUAUCACGCCACCACGCAAUUGAGUUGUGAGGUUAGAAUACCUACUGUGAUGUAUUGGCGCUGUCGGCGUGACUACUUACGACGAUGCUAGACGUUUUUGGCGUUCAAAGGGAAAGGAUAACUUCUAUUUUAACCGGGGGGGGGGGGAGAAGGGGGAAGGAUAGGUUGUCAAGUAUAAUUAAUAAAGUAUUAUUAAUUGGACAAAAUUAAUUAAUGUCCUUAAGAACUGGAUUUAGACCUCAAUAGUCUGAUGAAAAGCAGCGCUGGUGGCCUAGCGGUAAGAGCGAGCGACUUGCAAUCCGGAGGUCGCGGGUUCAAACCCCGGCUCGUACCAAUGAGUUUUUCGGAACUUAUGUACGAAAUAUCAUUUGAUAUUUACUAGUCGCUUUUCAGUGAAGGAAAACAUCGUGAGGAAACCGGACUAAUCCCAAUAAGACCUAGUUUCCCCUCUGGGUUGGAAGGUCAGAUGGCAGUCGCUUUCGUAAAAACUAGUGCCUACGUCAAAUCAUGGGAUUAGUUGUCAAGCGGACCCCAGGCUCCUAUGUGAGCCGUGGCAAAAUGCCGGGAUAACGCGAGGAAGAAGAGUCCGAUGAAAAGCAAAUUUCGUCUUGCAUCCAAAUUUGUCAUGAAUUUAACAUUGUAAUAUUUUGUUCAUAUUACUUAAAAGCUUACUUUAAAGAGUACCUACGAUUACAAUACAAGAGAGGAGGCCUUAUGGCAAUGGCAUACUAUCUUAAUGUCGGGUGAAUAUGCAAUAAAUAAAUAAAUUUAAUGUGUGUGUUCCAUUUGAAUGCGUGUGUUGCAAAGUAAUUUAAAAAACACAGAUUAUUAUCAAGUCCAAUAAUAAAACAGAAUAAUUGAAUUCUAAGUAUUAUCUCUAAAACUGGACUUAGUAAUAUUGUGUGGUAUUUUUCGGAAUCUCUUUAGCUAUGCUUACCUCGCUUUUAAACGGAUGUGAAUACAAUUAUUUACUAUAAGGAUAUAUUUAGUUGAUAAUACCACGUGAUAAUAAAGGUUUAAUGUAAAAUUAGGCCGCUAGAUGGCAGUGUUAGUACUUAAGGGAUUUUGCAAAAGUGUGGGUAUUCUGAUGGGUAAAUGGUUGAAGGCAGAGGCACUGAAGGCAGCGGCUAUGAUUAACACGUUGACUGUCCGUGCCCCGUAUAUGGGUCACGGCAAGCCUCUAUUACAAAGCCGUAAGGUUAACAAUUCAGAUUGGGACAGUGAACGUGUUAAAGCGGUUUUCACAUUCGCUGCUCCGGUAUGCGAGUGGGACAUACUUAUAUAAGUGCAUCACGCUCACUUGCCGGAGCGUCAUAUGGAUCCACAUGAAUGUGAUAACCGAGUAAAGCCAAAUAUCUUAAGACUAUGCAGGAGAUCUGGGUACUGGAGACCAGCAAAGUAAAUGUUCGUAUCGAAGUUAAACCGCACACGUUGUAUAAUUACUUUGUAAAAUAAAAUGAGAGCUUAGUUGAUUUGGAUGUGAAAAUCUAAAACCUCAGUCUAGUGACAUUUGAAAGAUAUAAAACCGCAAACUGAAAUAGAUAAAAAAAAAUAGAAACCAAGACCUCAAGUGGCCCGAUUGUUGCACCAUUUAGGGUCCUAACUAAAUUGAUUGUUCAAUACAUACACUAUAGAAUUUCUAAUGUAGCAAGAAUCCUAAAUGGCAUAACAAUCCAGUGUAGUGACUGUACCUACGUAAAAAAAUCGACGCUUAUCAUUAACAGUGGCACAACUCAAAAUGAAAUGCUAUUGCAUUUAAUAUUCUAUCUUUUACUGGUAAGAUUUAAAAUCGAAUGGCAUUUCAUUUUGUUUUGUGUCACUAUUCAUGAUAAGCAACGAAAUAUGUUUAAAAGCUCUACAUCAAAAUUUAAAACCCCUCGACAAAGCUAUAAAUAUAAAGAACCAUCGCAGGUGUAUCAUCAAUCAUUUACAGUAGAUUGCACUCAAAUUAAUUUGUUAAUUUGUUUGUGAGCCACUAUGAUACAUAUAACCAAAUCGAUUUUUGUGCUUGGGGGUUAAAAAGCCACUUAAAGAUAGUAAAUUGAUAUAUGUAUAAGAAUCUCAAUCGGUGUGAAGUUGGUUGAAAUGUAUCUACUGUGUCAUAUCAGAUAGAGUAGAUAGGUAUUCAUUGGUCUAUCUGUUCAAAAAUUCGAAUUUUCUAGCUUAUCUCUAAUUAGCUUUGCAUUAUCUUGGAAUAAAUAAUAUUAAUACGUAGCUAAAUUGUAUUUUUAAAUAAUAUAUAAAUGUAAUUUGGGAUUAAUGGGUUAUUUCAAGCCGCUUGGUCCUUUAUCGUUCUGAUAAUAAGCUUAGAUUUUUCUUUAAACAUGCAUUAUGUUACCUUUUUGUAGUUAACCAAAGAUAAUCGAAAUAUGUACCUACCUUUAUUACCAAAAUAUAGUACACUCCACUAGAUGUAGCAUAAACAAUCAUAAGGUGCUAAAACGAGCAAAGGUACGGAUCAAUUUAGUUGCCCAGUACCAACGUAUUACUUAUAUAAAACAAGCAAGCCUAUUAUGGAUCGCUUUAUCCACAUUUAUUCACGUGAUAAAACAACUGUCAUUUUUUAACUCGGCGGGAUAGAAAGAGACGGACACCGUUUUAUCACGCUGUCACGUAGACAAAUACGACCAUCAUAUCCGUACAGUUCAUUAACUAAGAAAUUACAGCGAAACUGGUAUGAAAUUAGUUACUUUAAAAGUUAAAACCAACAAACUGUAACGAAAUAUAUAAAUUUUCAAUUUUGCAAAGAAGCUGAUGUGCCUAUAUCGGAUAUAUUGGCGAGAUUGAGGCGCUCAAAAAUAGCAGAACACGAGAUGUGCAUAUUACCACAUUGAGCCCCUUGUAUAGUGUAGAUAUUUUUACGGCAUGCUGUAUUUCACCAAAAAUACUUUGAUGUAUUCUGUAGGAUAAAAGAGAUACAGAUGUAGUGCAUAAUUAUUUUCCAUCGUAUUUUCACGGAAACCGACGAACGCAUCUUGCUAUUUCAGUCAGUCUCGGUACAAAAAGUACUGAGGUUGACUGAAGUAGCAUGACAAAUACGAACCUUUCCGAGAAAAUACGAUGGCAAACAAUUAUGCACUACCUCUGUAUCUUCCCGUACUUAAAGUAGCUUCUAACAAUGAACCGAAUGUUUAGAGUUCUAGAGAAGUACGGAAAUAUAUGGACUGAGAUAUAAUGAGCUAAUAACAAAUAUUGUCUCACGAAUUAUGUAUUUAGUCGCUUUGCUUUUUGUUAUAUAUUUUUUUUAUUAUUGAGUGAAUCAACUUUUUUGUCUCCUGCGUCACUAUUUAAACCUCAAGAUUUAACAAAUUUUUAUUUAGCUAGCAAAUGUACAUUUUGUGUUAAUUAUACUCGGUUCCAUCACGAACUCUCAAUGUGUUUGAUAGACUAUGUUACUAUUGUCUCCUGGGUAACGGGACAGAAUAGCAACAAUAUAAAUAGUUGAUUCACCCAAUUAGCCAAGAGUUAUUAAUACUACAGUUGAUAACCCUUUGGAAUUACUUACUAUUUAGAUGAGUAUUAUUCAAUAUUAUUUAUACUCUUAAUGGCAAGGUCGCUUCUAAAGCAAAUUUAAUCACAUUUGAUUUCCUCUUAAGUAUAUUUUUGUAUUAUUAUAAUUGCAUGUUAGCAGUAAGCAAUAGCCUACCUACCUAAAAUAAUUAUAACCGUAAUAAUUUUCAGUCAGUAUUAAAUACAUAGAUACCAGUUAAAUUUAUUUACAUACACGCAUGAAAGUUUUAGAAAUAGAAACAUUAUUUUUUAUUAUUAUAAAUGAUUUAUAUUUUUAUUCUGUUUGUACAGCCGCGCUCGUUGCAAUUCUUAUGUACUCAAGUAGCUAACGCAAUAUAUUAGUGUUCAUUAGCAUAGGUACGAAGAUUUAGCAUAGUGUUAGUGAUGCGAAAAUCGAUGCUAGUCCGGAUAGGUCACACCUAGGCUAAAGGCGCCAAAGUUUGUUUAUUCACAUCACUAGGCUUGUCACAGUACUAGUAUUGCAAGCAGUAACUGGACUUACACCCUUUGACCGCCACAGUCGGCUAUAGCCGGCAAAGUACAGUAUAAAUUGAACCUUGAUACAUAGUUAUAAAGUUUACUAUUGCGUGUUAAAAAAUAAUCGUAAAAUAGUCGUGGCCGUCAAAAGUUUAAAAUAUGUAACAAUGACGCAACCGACACACACUCGUUUGCCACCUUCGUGGUAUAUUGAAAGAAAUGCUUGGAAUACUUUUACUGACAAUCAAAAUUAGAAUAUGAAAAAUAAUUAUAUUUUAUUUACAGUAAAACUUAUUUCUGAUUACUUUUUUUUGUGGAUUUAAAAUUAUAAUAGUCAUAAUAAAUUUACGAAGUAAAAUUGUACUUAACUAAUUGUACCUAAGCAUAUAACUAAAUUGUAUUUACUGUAACAUUUUACCAAUAAAAUUAAUCUAUUGAUUCGGUCUAUGUAGUUCAAUUAUUUAAGUACAUAGAAUACAUGAUGGACAGAUUUUAUUAAAACUUGUAUAACCUUCAUUAAAACGUCUUUGAAUUCCGUAUGAAUAAACGUUUUAUGCUAGAAUUAUACUUUUGCAGGAGUUAAAAGUCAGUGGUGCAGGACACCAUUUUGAAAUCUAUAACUUGGAUCAGUCUGUGCAUAAAUACUUUUAAAAAAUAUACCUAUAGCAAUUUUUGCCAAGCGUUCCUCAAACUACAAAAGAUAUAAAUAUUAUAUAAACCUAAACUGCUUUUAACAAAAUUUAAUAUCUAUUUAAAUAAUUUACUGGCUUGAUUUAUUUUUAAUUAUAGAAAUUCAUAAUUUAAACUACCUAACAAUAUGUAUACUCAAUGUCGCAGAAAUAUAUUAUAAAACAUGUUUUCCAUGAUUUGAUCUCCGUUAUUAUUUUAUUUGUAGGUAUAUGUAUAUUUUAAUGAUAAACAAAUUGAAUUAUUUUUAUGUCUUGAAAUAUUGGCCGAGCUUUGUAUUGAUUCUUACUCCUUUGACGUGCCAUAUGCAUGAAACAGUUUGAUUUGUUACCGUAAUGUUUUAGGCAUAAAAUAAAUAUUACACUAUGUUUAGUGAAGCUUUGCUCCGCCGAGUACAAAAUGAUGAAUUUAUAGUAUCCACCAGAAAUUUUAUCUCAUACUGUGAAAUAUAUUUUGAGCUAAUAAAUUAAACAUUUCA